UCUGCGGCAACCUCCCACCACCGCCGCCGCGUCUUUACCGUCUACCACGAUGGGUGACCUCGUCGACUCGAUGCUAGACCUCAUGCGUCGCCUCCCCCCCAAACGGACCGAGGAGAACGUCGCUGCUCUGAUUGCGAUAUGUCCUGACUACGCCGACGAUCUGCUGGGGAGCGUGGACCAGCCCCUGAAGCUGCGCACGGAUCGCGCGACUGGGAAGGAGUACCUCGCGUGUGACUACAAUCGAGAUGGGGAGAGCUAUAGGUCACCGUGGUCGAAUGAGUACGAUCCACCUCUGGAUGAUGGCACAGUUCCUACCCCGAAACUGCGCAAGUUGGAGAUUGCCGCGAACGAAGCAUUCGACACGUAUCGCGAACUGUACUACGAAGGCGGCGCCUCCUCCGUGUAUCUAUGGGAUCUGGACGACGGCGGUUUCGCCGGAGUGGUGCUGCUGAAGAAAACGAUGACGCCGACCGCAGCACACGAACCUUCCGGUUCCUGGGACUCGAUUCACGUGUUCGAAACCGCCGAGCGCGGUCGACAGGCACACUACAAGCUGACGUCGACAAUAAUGCUGCACCUUGUGACGCGCAAGGGAUCCGACGCCGAGGGUCAGGAGAAGGCCGGAAUGAAGGGCGCCGCUUCGACGUCAGAGCACCAGGGCGAAGUCGAUCUCAGUGGGAGCAUGACCCGGCAGACCGAACAGGACUGGCCGAUCCAAGAUUCCACCUCGCACAUCACGAACACGGGGCGGAUGAUCGAAGACAUGGAGAUCAAGAUGCGCAAUCUGCUCCAGGAGGUGUAUUUCGGUAAAACGAGAGAUAUCGUGUACGACUUGCGGAGCGUCGAUGACUUGGAGCAGGCCCGUCGGCAGAAAGAGCUGCAGAAGGAACUGGUGGGCUUCAUCAAACGGUAAUUUACUGUAUUUGUUU